UUCGUGUCCACGCCUCUUCUCUAACCUGCUUGAGAGUAAUUGAUAUCGAUAUCAAGAAGCUAACCACUGGAAAUCUACCAAGACCGAGAUCUCGCAACACCCGGGUUUUAGUGUUAGUUACAGAAUGGAUACCAAAACCCCCCCCUGACAUUAGUUAAGCCUGUUUCAGUAUAAUAAUAUAAUGUUGUGAAACCCUAUAUGUAUUUAUCAUAUAAGAUAAGAUGAGGUAGAAACAUGUGAAAGCAUAAUGCACCUUUAUUUCCUAGUCGUGUUAGUUGGGUAUUUAUGUCAGCUAAAGAGUUACAAAUACAAAUAUGUGUUUGUGGACAUACUGUCUUCUGCUUACAUGCCACAGUUAAAGGUUGAGGUGAUUGAAGUGGAGGCCAAGACAAUCUAAGUUGUCUUGAGUCUAAGAGCGAAGGGAAUUCUUGAAAAAUAAGCAGUUGUGUAGGGAGAUAAAGUGAAAUACUGGAAUCAGACAUUGACUGAGACAAAAACAAAAAUAACACCAAAGAAAUGGAUUUUGGAGAAACUGCUCUGAGUGGGGUGGGAGACCUGGAGCUGGACCCAGACAUUGUAAGUGAGGAGGCAGGAAAAUUGUACUCUGAACUCCAGUCAGUUGUGGAGACUCAUGGAGCAGAUGUGGUUGAAUCACUGCUGCCCAUCCUGGUGUGGGUCCUUGAAGGCCUCGCCAGCUGUCGGGCUCAGCUGAGAGAGAGUGAGGAGGCUGUAGAGAGGGAGAAAGGAGAGAGAGCAGAGUUGCUGGAGAGGUAUGAGAGAGAGAGAACCUUGCGUCGAGAGAGCCAGGAGCGCUAUUUGGAGCUAGAUGAUCAGUUUGAGCAGGAGAGGAGGGCAAUGCGUGGAAGAGACAAGGAGCGGGAGAAGAGAGAAAGAGAUUUGGAAAAGAAAGCCAGAGAGCAAGCUGACCAGGUUGUGGCUUUGGAGGAGCAGAGAGCUAGUCUGGCCAGAGAGUUAAAUACUUUGAAACACACACAUAGCAAGUUAGCCCUGACAUAUCGGGAUCUGCUGGAAAAGAAAAAGGAUUUGGAGAGGGAAAGCUCUCCAUUAAGAAAUCAUAUUCGCUCUAAAAGUACAGAGCCAUCUGAAGAAAAUGCAGUCAUCCAGCGUGAUGUGACACCUGAAGACUCCAACCCUAAAGUAUCAGAAACUUCAGCUUCCACAGACAUUAAAGUGGUCAAAACAGAAACUAUCAAUAAUUCAUUCAUCAGUGACAUCAUAAGCUCUACUCCAGAGCUUGCCCCGCUGCAAGGCCUUGUUGAAGCAAGCACCCCCGUUCGAGCAGAAGGUGGAGAGCCAAACUGCAGCCUUGAAGAAGAGGUUACAGAGGAGAGAGGUGAGGAUGAAGAGGAAGGUAAUCAAGAAGAUGAAAAAGGGGACAAGGAAAAGGACCUGGACAGCUUGGAGUGGGAGUUGAGAAACACAGAUUCUGUGUUUUCCGAGCUCUCAGAACUCAGUCAGGAAUACGUGGAGAGUGUAGACCAUGGAGUCAGUGUGAGAGGCAGCACAGUCCAGUUUGAAGAGAUUCUAUCACAGUAUGAGGAACUGAAACACACCCAUGAGAUGGUAGAUGCUGCUCGUAAGGCUCUUAUUGCUCGUGUAGAGGAACUGACAAAUGAGAGGUCUGCCCUGAACUUGGAGCUCACUUCCUGUCAGGAAACCAUCAACCGCCUGGAGAGCAAAACCAAGGAAAUGGAAGAAGAGAUCAAAAGGCUCCGCAAAGACCUGAAAGCAUCACAAGCUGAGGAUGAUGCUUCUUUGUCUACCUCUCACCGUCGGUUUUCACGUUCAGAGAUGGCUCGUGUGGUCAUGGAGAAGAACCAAUAUAAAGAGCGGUUGAUUGAACUACAGGAUGCUCUGCGGCGGGCUCAGGCUCAUGGAGUUAACAAGAAUGAAAAGAUCCCAGACGACAGGAAGAGCAGUGUAUGGAAGAGGUUUAACCGUUUUCUUGGUUUGUCGAAGGACCAGCUGGUUCCAGCUGCUUUGGCUCCAGCUGCUUUUGCCCCAGCUGCUUUGGCCCUCACUGUCCCCCCUGUCCCCCCUCCUACUUCCUCACCAGUAGGAUCACCGCAUAAGCUAUCUGUCAGUGUGACCCAGUCAGAGGACUCUGUAUCUCCCAGGCUGAGGAGGAGAGAGCUGUACCGGGAGAUCCGCUCUCAUGUGUGGGGGAAUCUGGGGAAAAGACAGGUGCAUGGCUGGAGCGUGCCUCUUUCUCACACUGGCACAGAGAACAAUGAGCCACUUUUGGAGCCUAAAGACGUGCCUGUCCUCAUACAGUUGCGAUUGCUUGACCAAAGAGAUGCUUCUGCUAAGCUGACCUGUGCCGUAGCAGUCCCACCAGAGGUAUCAGGGGAGCAGAACUGUUCAGUCUGGGCAAUCUCUGGACCUGCCUCUAGUAGUGAUGUCACAGUUAUUGACCCAGCACGGUCCAAUACCAUCCUGGAUCAGUUCAGCCUUCCACCCACCUCUCCAGCUCUGUGCAUUUGUGCUGUGCCCCCUACUGGAGAAACAUCUGGGACUGUGUGGAUUGGAACACAGGAUGGAGGGGUGCUUGUUCAUCCAGCCUCUGGCUCUAGGAGGCGCUGUAUGCAGUCAGUCAGUCUCUCAGAGGGGGUGCAUUCUCUUACAUUCUCACCAGAUCAGGUGAUUGCUGGAUUAGGAAAUGGAAUGCUCGCCUUUUUCAGCUACAGUGCUGGUGGAUGGAAUCUUCACUCUCAUGAAGUAUUGUCACUGGGCAUAACUCCUCUGCAGCCUAUUCGCUGUUGCUUAGCAAAGAACGGCAGUCUCUGGGUGGGAUACUGGAACAAAGUUUUGAUGAUUGAUGUUCAAAACAGGAAAGUGAUGAAAUCAUUCACAGUGUCACAUCGAAGCGAACAGCAGGUUCGCUUCCUGUGCGCAGCAGGAAGUGGAGUUUGGGCUUCCUGCCGGCUGGAUCCCACCCUUAGGCUCUUUGAUUGGACAACUGGAAGACCACUACAGGAGGUUGAUGUUUCAUCAAUGAUAAACAAAGCUUUAGGCAAUGCAUUCCUGUCCCUUUCACCUCUUCAGGUCUCUGCUCUGUCUGUGGUCAGUGGGAGACUCUGGGUGGGCACAGGAAGUGGUGCAGUUUUCUCCAUCCCAUUGUCACUCAGUUCUGAGUCCUCUAUCCCAUAUUGCACUUUGGCUUUAGCUCAGCUGUGCUUUCAUGGCCACCGUCAAGCAGUUAAAUUCAUCAUCUCGGCUCCAGGCUGUCGUGGUUCUUCUGUUUCAGCAGAUGGUGCUGCCUCUACCUCUCAUCUCAUCCUCAGUGGUGGUGAAGGCUACAUUAAUUUCCGUAUUGGUGAUGAAGUUAGUGAUGGACUUGGUGAGAAUGUCCCACAGAGAUCAGAACGAAGUCACGUGAUCAUCUGGCAGAGCCCGACUCAGUCAGUUCCUAGCUCCUCACUUUGACAGUAAUUCCGUCUGUAUGCUUAUAUGUAUUUAUCGUUUGUUUAUUUAUGUUUGUUUAUUAAUACACACGCUUUACAUGUUUGCCUUGCUGUGCACUUGUAUGUCUGCCCCUUCUCCAAGUAAUUGCCUUUAAAAGAGCAAGGAAUGGUAUUAAGUGAUGACAGACGUGUAUUACUUUAUAUAGCACUCGGAAUGGAUGACCCAGCAAAGAGAGUAAGAGAUUCAAUUCUGUCAUAUUGUGUGCGGAUAAAUGUUGCAGUGCAGUCUUGAUUUUCGUUUACAGUUUAUCACUCAACUUUAGCCAACUGUUUGAUAGUUGCUGUGCAUUUAUUUUUUUUGCUGAUGUUUUGUUUCCUAUCAUGGUGAAUGGCUGCAAAAAUGACUGAACAGUCAGACAGAUCAUGUCAUCCAUACUUGAAAAUCACAUCAUCCUCUGUAAAAGGAUGUUUUUAAUUAAUUUCUCAGCAGGUCUAGCUACAAUUAUCAAACUAUGAGAAAACGACGAGUCACAGCAAACAGAGGUCAAUACAGCCGCCAUCAUUAUGCCUCGUUUGCAGAGUGUAAUUUAAUAACUAGCCCAUGUUGAUGUACUGUGUGAAUGAUUUUAAUGUGAGGUCUGUUAAAUGCAGUAAAAUUAGGAAAUGUACCCCAGGUUGAUGAAAAUAUUUUUAUACUUGGAACGCUGUUAGUAUUCCUUUAGAGAGAUGUGAAAUUUGCCUUAAGUUAUUCGCAUGCGAUUUUCAGUAUUCAGAAUGUGACAAUGUAUACGUUACUGGGAGGUUUGUAUUUAAAAGAACAUGUCUACACUUGAACAUUAAUUAUUGAGAACUGGAAAUACUCGCUGAUUUAUGUUUAUGUGAACACACCUCAACCUGUAUUAUUAAAGUUUAAUUUACUUUUUUAAAUACAAA